AUGGCGUUAAAAGCCAGGAAGUUUUUCCGUUAUGCAAACGAAGAAUUUAUCAUUCCCGCCAUGAGCGAUGACAAGGUUGCCGCUGUCAAUAAUGAUGUUAUUAAUAUUCUGUGGCACGUGGUUGACCCGCAUGUCCGGGACAAGACAACUGCAUUACACCUAGACUGUGCGAUUGGUAUUAGGGGCAGACACCGUGGAGGUCGGUACCCGCCGUUGGACUCCUUACUUAACGACCUCUUAGUUAGUACAUUUAUUAAAGACGAUAAGGUUCUCUAG